ACCUGCUCUGCAAAGACAAGUCAUAUACGGUGUCCGAAAAUGGGCUGGAUAAUAUUGGGAGUAGUUUGUGUGUGGCUAAUACCAGUGAUCGUCCCUGCAGCCUCUGAUUUUGUCUGGUGUUACCUUGACCCUUCUUGCAAUGAUGCUGCGUGGGUGACUCUGGCUCCUAAAUACUGUGCUGGAUCUCGACAGUCUCCCAUUGACAUCGUUUCCAAAAACGCCACGUAUGAUGGAAACCUGACAGCUUUAAAAUUGAACAAUUUUAACAGCAAAACAGCCCUGACCAAGAUCGAGAACACAGGGCAUACAGUGAAAGUGACGUUGGCCAGUGGAGUGAGCGUGUCAGGAGGGGGGCUCACUGAACGGUACGACAGUUUGCAGUUCCACCUCCACUGGGGCAAGGGGACAUCUGUACCAGGCUCUGAACACACUCUGGAUGGCAAACGUUUCCCCAUGGAGUUCCACAUUGUGAGUCUCAAGUCUUCUUACAACGGGAACACAACAGCGGCUACAGCAGAUCCAACCGGAGCUGCUGCGCUUGGAUUUUUAAUUGAAGUGUCUGAUAAUACAACUGGAGAACCUGCAUCAUGGAAGACUCUCACCUCCUAUCUCUCCAAAAUCACACAAAAAGGCCAGUCCGCCGCUCUGUCCGAGAGUAUUUCCCUGGAUGACCUCCUGCCUGGGGUGGACCGUACCAAGUUUUACCGAUACAAGGGGUCCCUCACCACCCCCAACUGCUACGAGGUGGUGGUCUGGACCGUCUUCAAGCAGCCAGUCAAAGUCAGCAAGGAUCUGAUUGACCUUUUCUCCAAUACGGUGCGCAUUGGAAACAGCACAUCUCCAUAUAUGGUCAAUGUGUACAGAAACCUCCAGCCAGCCCUGCCCGUCACCUACAGCUCCAGCCCCAAGACCAGCUUCUGCUCCGGACUCCUCCUCUUCGGUCUCGCUCUGUGGAUGACUUAG